CUGGGAUAGAAUACACUGACACUAGGGAAGACUUUCAACAGUUUCCUCGAAAGUUAUGUCAGAUUUAUUACUAAACCACACGCUGUAAGCCACAAAGUAUUCGUAUAUUUUGUUGCGGCUUUGCUAAAUAAGCGCAGUCUGUGGCCAUAAACUAGCCCCGCUUUUUGUCUGUUUUUGGAGCCGAGUUAAGCGUCUCUCCCAGAGUAGAGAAAAAUACGCGCUCCAGGUAAGAGUUCAACAACAUGUCCGAAUCUUCUGACACCCGCACGAAAACGUUAAAUUUCAACGUCGGCGUGCUCGGACAUGUCGACAGCGGGAAGACGUCGCUCGCCAGGGCGCUGAGCAGCACCGCGUCCACUGCCGCCUUCGACAAGAACCCGCAGUCCCGCGAGAGAGGCAUCACUCUGGACCUCGGCUUCUCCUCCUUCACUGUGGAUCUUCCCGAUCACCUGCGGGACAGCGUGGGGAAGCAGCCAUAUGACAGCCUCCAGUUUACCCUGGUGGAUUGUCCGGGGCACGCUUCUCUCAUUCGAACUAUCAUUGGAGGUGCCCAAAUCAUCGACCUGAUGAUGCUGGUGGUGGAUGUGGUGAAAGGGGUGCAGACUCAGACUGCAGAGUGUCUGCUGAUAGGGGAGCUCACCUGCCCUCGCAUGGUUGUUGUCCUGAAUAAGAUUGACCUACUGCCACCCAACAAGAGACAAAGUGCCAUUGAGAAAAUGACCAAGAGACUCCACAAAACACUGGAAAGCACCAGAUUUAAGGAUUGUCCUGUGAUUGCCGUAGCAGCAAAGCCAGGGGGUCCCGAGGCUCCUGACACAGAGGAGCCACAGGGAGUGCCACAGUUAAUAGAGCUUUUGAAGAAACAGACAUACCUACCAAAGAGAGACCCUGGAGGUGACCUCCUAAUGGCUGUGGACCAUUGUUUCUCUAUCCGUGGUCAAGGAACAGUCAUGACUGGGACCAUCCUGCAGGGGUCACUGGCCAUUAAUGACACUGUAGAAAUCCCAGUGCUAAAGGUGACCAAGAAGAUAAAGUCGGUGCAGAUGUUUCGGAAGCCCGUGUCUGGGGCCAUGCAGGGGGAUCGGGUGGGUGUGUGCGUAACACAGUUUGACCCUAAACUGUUGGAGCGUGGUGUGGUGUGCACCCCUGAAUCCCUGCGCACGCUCUUUGCAGCUGUCAUCUCUGUAAGGAAGAUAGGCUACUUCAAGGGCUCUCUGUCCACCCGUGCCAAGUUCCACAUCACAGUGGGUCACGAGACAGUCAUGGCAAAGGUGACCUUCUUUGGCCUGCCACCUGUGGGUGCCUCAGAGCCCCCUCCAGACUCUAAGCCGCCUCCAUCAGAGCCCUGCUCACUGGAAACUCCGUUCACCUUCGACAGGGAGUACUUCUACCAGGAUGAAUAUGUAACUGGUCAGGGAGAGGGGAGUUUGGGGCCUGACCCAGAGCAGUGGGCUCUAUUGGAGUUUGAGCGGCCAGUCACGUGCCCUUUGCUCUGUCUAGUAAUUGGCUCAAAGCUAGAUACAGACAUCCACGCCAAUGCAUGCCGGCUGGCUUUCCAGGGCCGUCUGCUGCAGGGGUUUGAAGAUAAAAACUACGCUGAGACCGAUCUACCUCGUCUGCGCAUUUACAAAACCAAGCACAAGGAGGGACAGGUGGAGAGGGUAACCGAUGAUUACACUGUGAUUGGCCGCAGCCUGUUCAAGAAGGAGACCAAUCUCCAGCUCUUUGUGGGGUUAAAGGUCACCUUGUCCACAGGAGAAACUGGUGUCAUUGAGGGUGGGUUUGGCCAGAGCGGGAAGUUCAAGAUUCGCGUACAAGAGGGUCUUCGACCAGAAACCAAGCAGCUGUUUUCCUCCGCCUCUAAGAAGAAAGGGAAGAGUGGGAGCAAAGGUGCAACUGCAAAUGAAGAGGAGCCCAGAACAGAUUUUCAGCCUGUUAGCAUUCACUUGCAUUUCAAGCGAUAUGUCUUUGAUCCCCAUAAAAAGAUGGUUCAGUCUUGACCUCUGCUGCGCACACUUAUAGACAGACACCAUUGGUGACAGAGAGUAAGAUAGAGAAGUUGUUUGAGAAGUCUUGGCACAAAGAGAGGUGACUGCCAGGCUGUGUUAACUCUCAUUGCCUUUCUUUUUUUCUGGAGAUGGAGACAGUCUGCUGAAAUGCAAUGAUUGUGGGACGCUAAACGCAUGCAAAGCAGUGAUUGUUUUAUCUCAGUUUAACGAGCUGGAUCUAAUCCUGUUUGCUCCAUCAGAAGGGUGAAAGCUGCUCAACAGAUCUCAAUACGUUUGAUUUAUCUUUGAAAGAAAUCAAGGCUUUUGUUCUUCUUUAUUGAUAAAAACAGAAUUGAUUCAAUCAUUCUGACUAGAAACUAACUUUUGUCUUUGCUGUUUAUGUGUGUGUGUUUAGUUUUUUUAUUUUAAAUUUCAUCUGAGAACUUGUUGGCAUAAAGACUUUAGCACUGUAGAAAUACUAAACUCACGUUCUUU